GCCGGGUUCUGUCAAGAUCAACAGCUUCCCCUGUAAACAUCACGGGACACCGGUACUGAACUCCUGUGUGCUCUAAAAAUAGGGCUUCUGUGACAUUGUGGAAGUAGACUGAAAUGCAACAGUAAUCUUAAUAAAGCAGGUCUUCAAAGAAUGGAGGAAUUGAAUUGUCUACAAGGCUCUGGACUGCCCAAGAUCCUGAAUAGGGCAAGCAGUUUCAGAAAAAGGAUGGAUGGACAAAAUGCAAGAAUAAACCUACAGUGAGUCAUUGUUGCAGUGAACUGUCACGAAAUGUAUUUAAUUUAGAUUCAAGAUUGUUACAGCCUAACGGCAUGAAUGGAGCUUGACGUUUCCAUGUGGAGCAGUCAAAGCUCAGCAUGCAGAGAGGUCAGACUGCAAAAAGUGGAAAGUGGUCCUGCGCAGUGCCUGAGAUGGCUCACUGCACACUGUCACAUGUGGAACAGAACAGACACAGAGCUCCUGCCUUGUCUCAAUGCCACCUGACAGGGCUGUCACAGGAUUCUGGGGUCAACUUCUCUGAGCCCAACCAUGUUCCAGGCAGCAGUGAAAUGUGCAGGUCUGCAAGCUAUGACUUGGAUAACGCUGGUGAGGAUGGAUACUGCACGAGUGGAUUUUCAGAGGAGCACUUGCUGAACAUUACAUUUGAAGCUUGUGACACUAUGGGCAAAGGGGAAGUGCUGGCCACAACACUUAUGCGGUAUCUGCAAGAAAUGACAGCACAGAGCUCCGGCCAGGACAGGUUAGCUACGCUGCAUGACAUGUUGGACCCUGAGCGCAAGGACCUCUCGGUGAGGAAGGACACCUUCCACUCUGUCAUGAGGAUGUGGAUCUCCCGGUGCUGUCAGGGCGGCUUUCAGGAGGAUGACUAUCAGGCAGUGGGUGCUGAUCAUUGCCGAGUACCAAUAGAUGGGAUUGAGUUCUCGCCUUUCGAGACUGAGAAACAGUAUCCAGGAGGAGGAGAUGGCUGUCAUUGUGAAUCGAGGGACUUAGCGAGUGUCCUUGAGGAGCUGAAGCACACACAGCAAAAGCUGAAUGAGCAGAACAGCAGCCUCUCGAGGACGGUGUCCCAGUGUGAGGAUACAAACUUGCAACUGAUUGUCGAGGUCACAGAGCUCAGGACCAAACUGGCCAGUGCCCAGCGCUCUGCUCUGAGAAGCAAAUCCCUCUGUGAUGAGCUAGAAGAAGCCAGACGAAUCAUGAGAGAGAGUCAGGAUAAAGCUGCCAAGACCCAGGCGAGCAACUGCAAAUUGAUUAAAGAAAAUGAAUAUUUAAAAGCACACAUGAAGAUUAUUGAGGAAUUGAAUGAAAAGCUCAUCCAUGAAAAGACCAGCUCUGAAGGCCGAAUCCGCAAACUGGUGAAAAUAAAUGCUGAAAUCAGGGAGGAACUGGACGAAAUAUUAGUUACAUUGGCUGAAAAAGACAAGGAAAUUACAAAGAAAUCAGUUUUCAUAGAUGACCUGAAGAUCUCCUAUCAGCGGAACUGCAAAAUAAUUGAGGGCAUGCAACUGGAAUUGCUACAAUUACAAGAGAACACACAAUUGGAACUCCUGAGAUUUGAUAGGUCCUCAGGCAGUCUUCAAAAUACCCUGGGAAGAGGUGGGCCUGCCCAACACCAACGCUCACUGCAGUCUGAGAUUGAGGAGACACAAAAGCGAGCAAACAUGGGGGUUUGCGGCUCCGUCUGUGGAAUCGUGUCCCCAUACAACCAGAGGGACAGAGUUCAGAUCCUGCAGGAGAUGUCGUCAGAGGAAUUUGUCGAGUUUCUGGCAGCAAAGCCAUCUGGCUCGGAUGCUGCUCUCAGCAGUGCAUUUGAGAUCUUAGAAAGAGCGUACAUCGAAUGCCACCGGCAACAGACGGCCAUCAGGAAACACCUAGCUAAUGUUGAACAGGAGCUGAAGCAGCAGAAGGAACUAAAAGAGGAGACAGAGAGGAAACUGACUGAGCAAGAGCAACAGCUAAGAGAGACCCAGAAACUAGCCCUGGAGGUCAAGGAGAUGGUCGCUGUCAACUGUUGGAGAGCAUCGAAGCUGGAGGAUGACAAAGCCAGGGUAAUGGAAGAGGUCAUUCAGGUUGACCAGGCCCAUACAGAGGUGGUGGAACGGCUGCGACAAAUUGAGGGCACUGUUCUGGAGCUUCAAGACCAGGUGUGCCGCCUAGUGGUCGGUCAAAGGAUUACCCAACAGCAAGUAAGCAAGUUUAGAAACAGCAAGGGUUGGAAGCCUUCUGUUUGUGAAGCAAAUUCUGAAGAUCCUAUAAAAGAGGCUUGCCACAAACAGGAUGAAAAUAGACAGCAGAAGGAUGUGGUGAUAGCCACAGAUCCUGUGGAAGAAACUAUUGCCCUUGUCACAAAACCAGACAACACUUUUGAUCCAGCCACAGAAAUUCAUGUUUCCCUGAAGGGAACAGAAACAAUAGUGAGCCAGGCCUUUGAGGCAACUGAAUUGGACCAUACAAGGGAGAAGAGUUUUUCCCAGGCAAAGAUGAGGAUGGACACUGCCACCCAGAGGACUGAGGAGGAAUUGCUUGUGGCAACAGAAGCAAAAAUCCACAGGAACUGGAUAGAAGCAUGUACUUCAAUCAGAAAAGAGCAGUCCGUGGGUCCCAGCUGUACCUCAGAUAUGACACAGGCCGACACAGUGCAAGCCAUCAGUCUGGACAGGAAGACCGCUCCGUGUCAGCCUAUGAACGAGAAGAAAUCUUUGUUUACAGAAGGAAGAAGAAGCAGUACACAGAAUAGUGAGGAUUCUGGGAUUGCCUGCUCUGCAGACAAAAGCUCACAACUUCGGUAUCCCUGCUUUCCCGUGGAUGCUUGGCACGACAAUGAUUGCGCUGGAUCUUCCUCUUUAGCUAAAACUUCUUCCGCAGAACCUGAGGAGACCCCUUCAGACUCUGUACCCCCUCUGUCUGAGAGUGGCCACCCCCAGUUCACCCCACAAUCACAAGGGCCUGACCCAGAAACAUGCCCCCAGCCUGUCCCCAAAUGCGAUACCAAAGAGCAUGUAGGAAGACAGGAGACAACAGAAAACAGUUACAGCUUCCAGUCAGAGGCAGCAGAUGUUGAGAUAAGGAAGACUUUGGUGGUACGUUUUCCAGCUUUGGUGGUUUCAGACAAGGGUGAAGCACUCGGGAGUUUACACUGCCCUCCUCUGCCGGAGCCCCACGGCCUCCCAAAUCAUUACGCCAAAGGAGCUUCUGGCACGUCCUCGACUCCUCGUCUUCGCCCUCGAACCCGGGUCCCCUUGCCCCCCGCCAUGCCCACUCUGCCAGAGGAAGAAGAGGACUCACCAGAGGAGCUCGACAGCUCGUCCAGCUCCCCAACCUCAUGCCCACCCCUGGAAAGCAGAGAGGUUACCAUGGUUUUACAGCCCCCAUCCAUCAUCUUCCCAGCACAAGCUAAUGCAGGCAGCCAAGAUCCCAGACCACUUGAACUGGAUAGACUGCAGAGUCCCAGACCGCGGCUGCCCCGGAAUGUCUCCUCGCUGGGAAACCCCAUAACCACAGUCGACAGCAGGGGCCACUUGAUAGAUCUGGUGAAGGACCAGCUGCCUAACGUGCAGCUCUCGGAGGAGGAGAUACGAAAGAACUUCGAGCUUCUGGAGGAGGCCAAGAAGGUCAGUGACCGCUUCCUCAUGCGAAGAGGGAGACGGUCGACCUGCAGCCUCUCAGACCCACCCACAGGACUGUCUCCCUGUCCAACACCGCGCUCCUCUCCGGUCCCUUCCAGAAGCAGUUCUCUCUCUGCUCCCCCUCAGAUUGAGACAAGUGAGAUGUCUUAUACCAUCUGCCAGGCUACUCAGAACAUGGAGGUCCCAGGUGUCCGAGAACAUGGAGAUUCCAUCAGACAAGAUAUAGAGAAUUCCAGGAAGUUUUUGGACUGGAAGCCCAUUGAGAAGCGGAAGGUUUCCUCGGGUACACUCUGCCCCCGGUACACCACAGCGCUGCCUAAAGAGGACUGUGACCUGGGGGCGGAGGCGGGAAGGAAGGCUUCCCUGUCAGCAGCCAAGCCCCUCCUCCGGCCGGCGACGUUGCAGACCCCCUGCACGGCCGAGAUCAAGACCAUGGGGAUCUUCCCCCCCCUCAUGAGGGCCAUGUCCUGGGAUGCCGUGGGCUCCAUUUCCGCCAGGACUGACUUUCCUGGCUUAGCGCCUAAAGGCGAAGAGGCUCACUUUGUCUCCGAGCAGCCUGCAGACUCCCUGCUCAAGUCGUCUAGAUACAAAGACUUCCCCAUGCAGCCCGGCAAGGUCCAGAAGUUCUCCAAAAUGCGGGAGGAGCAGAUGUUGAUGCGAACCCAGACCAUCGGGGGAUGUAAGCUACCAGAUUUAAAUGAAACUGCUGAACAGGACAGAGCAUCCUCAACAGAGGAGGAACCCAAAGAGAAGUCUGAUGUGAUGCCAAACAUUUCGGACAUGAUGUUGAGAAAGCUGAAACUGCACAGGACUCUGCCAAGUGGCUCACCGUCACUCACGGAAAAAGAAGUUGAGAAUGCAUUUGUGCAGCUGUCCUUGGCGUUCCGCAACGACAGCUACACCCUCGAGAUGCGGCUGAAGCAUGCGGAAAAAGAGCGGAACCUGACGGAGGACAAUACAGACAAAGAACUGGAAGAAUUUAAAUGCUGCUUGAAGGGUUCCGUAACGCUGUGGCAGAACUCUGAGCAACGGGAGGCCUUCCAGCGCCUCCUAGAGACACUGAUGGUAUUACAAAGCCUGGCCACACGGCUCUCCAGUCGGGCAGAGAUGGUGGGGGCUGUUCGGCAGGAGAAGCGCAUGAACAAGGCCACAGAGGUGAUGAUGCAGUAUGUGGAGAACUUGAAGAGGACCUAUGAGAAGGAUCACGCUGAACUGAUGGAGUUUAAGAAGCUGGCCAACCAGAACUCCAACCGCUGCUACAGUGGCUCGGUGGACACUGGAGAUGAUGGAGUUCCACGGACGUCUAGAUCCCUGUCUCUGACCCUUGGAAAGUCCCUGCCAAGAAGGAGAGUCAGUGUUGCUGUGGUUCCCAAAUUCAACCUACUGAACAUUCCGGGUCAGAACCCUCCCACCUCUGGGCUUCCUGCACUGUGCGAGGCAAGCAGUGGGAAAGGCAGCAGCCCUACUGAUUCCACACAGCAUGCUGAGACUGAGAGUGGAAAGACAGAACAGGAAAGUGACCUAACUGCUCUGGUGAAGCCAGCUGUUCCUAGCAGCACUGAUGAAAUCAGUUCAGAGAUCAAAGCCAAGAUUGAGGAAGAUGCUUACAACAAAGGAUAUCAAGAAGGACUGAAGCGAAGUAAGGAGCUUCAGGAGAUGAGGGAGCUUGAAGAGAAGGUGGUCAAAGAUGAGAUCCAGGAACAGAAAGAGGAGAAGGAACAGGAAGUAUCUCAGGAGAAAAAAUUUAAAAGCAGCAAAUAUGAAGAGGCUUUGGAAAUCCUUGAUUGGUUGUUUCCGAAGAUUUCUAAGAGGAACCGAAAGAUCUGGAUUUUUCUGGUCCUGUUUGGGAUCGUGUUCUUCAUGGUCAAUAUAUUUACAUAUUUCAGCAACAGAUACAACGAAGUAGGGAACCCAACCACAGGAAAGACUGUCAGCCCAGGACAAAAUUCUUUGAGUGGAAUGUAGGAGUUCUGCUGAAGAACCCACUUUGAGAACAACAGGAUUCUAUUUAUUUCAUUUACUGAAGGAAAAGAGAAAACUCGGCACUGUCCAAAGAUAAUUGAGACACUGUUUUGCUUAUUAGGUUUGAAUAUCAAAUGUUUAGAAGAUGUCUAUUUUUUGUAUAUUUCUGCAAGGAACCCAGGUUAUUAAUAAAAAAAAAACAUUGAAAUUAAGGGACCAAAUAUUUUAGAGUAAAGUAAUACCCUGUGACCUUAUCAUCCUGCAACUUCUGUCUGAUGUCUCCUUGGCGGAUCCUUUCCUGUGAUCUCACUGGAGAUGAUCCUUUCCUGUGAUCUCACUGGAGAUGAUCCUUUCCUGUGAUCUCAUUGGAGAUGAUCCUUUCCUGUGAUCUCAUUGGAGAUGAUCCUUUCCUGUGAUCUCAUUGGAGAUCAUCACAUGUGCAAAUACACCAAGGGCCUGCGUGUGUCUCCUUCAUCCCCCAGAGAAGUGGAGUCUUUUCCUCUUGGGGCUGUGUGUUGCUCAGUGGGCUAAGCCUGAGUGUCUGUAAUCACAAGGUUGCUGGUUCAAACCCAGCCUCAGCACAUCUGUGGGUCCUUGAGCAAGGCCCUUAACCCCCAGCUCCCUGGGCGCCCCAACAGGUG